AUGGCUGUCUCCAGCAGCCUUCAGCGAGAGCGGGAAAAAGAAAUCAAAGCUGCCUUCGACACUUUCGAGGAGUCAGGGGCAGCCGUGGGCUACCACGAGCUGAAGGCUUCCCUGCGGGCCCUCGAGCUGCCAGCCAAGAAGGCUGACGUUCUGGCAGCCAUGCGCGCGCAUGGCGUGAAUGCUGACACUGUGCUAGACUUCAACACCUUUUCGCGGAUACUCUGGAGCAAGUUUGCCGAGCAGGAUCCACUUCCAACCAUGCUGAAGACGUUUCGCCUCUUCGACAAGGAGGGAUCUGGACGCAUCGGUUUGCGAGAUCUUCGUCGUGCAAGCAAGGAGGCCGAGCUGCCCCUCAAAGAGGAUGAGUUGGAAAGGAUGAUCGCAUACUUCGAUCAGAACAGUAGCGGCACCAUUGGAGAAGCGGAAUUUGUGCAAGUAAUGCUUGCAGCUGACCUUCAAUGA